AUGGCGGCACGCUGGAUCCGCCCCUCCCUCCCUCCCUUUCUUCUUCCCGGCGAUGGCGUAGGGCGGCUCGGCCCUUCCCGGCGAUGCGGAGCAGCAGCGGGUGGCGAUGUAGAUCCGCCCUCCUCCCUCCCGUGGUUCCACCGCCGGGGGUGGCAUCAUGGAUCUGGUGGGAUGGAGCCACCACGACGCGGAUCCGGCGGAGAGGUGUCCUUCGGUAGCAGAUCCGUGACUCUGGGAGCUAUCUUGCUUCUCCGUUUGGCCUUCAAAUGGAUGAACGGCCGGACGGGUGAAGAAGGGAUGCUGCCGCCGGGGUCCAGGGGCCUGCCGCUCCUCGGUGAGACGCUCGAGUUCUUCGCAGCGUCCCCGACCCUUGAGCUAGUGCCCUUCUUCAAGCGACGGUUGGAGAGGUUCGGGCCCAUCUUCCGGACGAACAUAGUUGGCGAGGACAUGAUCGUGUCGCUGGACCCGGACCUGAACGCGCGCGUGCUGCAGCAGGAGGAGCGCGGCUUCCAGAUCUGGUACCCCUCCUCUUUCAUGCGAGUCUUGGGCGCUAACAACAUGGUCUCCAUGCUCGGCCCGCUCCACCACCACAUUAGGAACCUCGUGCUCCGCCUCUUUGGGCCCGAGGCCCUCCGCCUGGUGCUGCUCCACGACGUGCAGCGGAGCGCGCGCGACGAGCUCCGCUCAUGGCUCGACCGGCCGGACGUCGAGGUCAGGACGGCCACCUCCAGGAUGAUAUUUGGCGUCACGGCAAAGAAGCUGAUCAGCCACGACGACGUGGCAUCAGGAGGAAGCCUGUGGAAAUGCUUCGACGCCUGGACCAAGGGGCUGUUGUCAUUCCCAAUCUGCGUUCCUGGAACAGCCUUCUAUAAAUGCAUGCAGGGACGCAAGAACGUCAUGAAGGUACUCAAGCAGCAGCUCGAUGAGCGCAGGAACGCAGCCGAGCGCAAGACCGUGGAUUUCUUCGAUCUUGUGAUCAAUGAGAUGAAGAAGCCAAACCCUAUAAUGAACGAGAACAUCGCGUUGGACUUAUUGUUCUUGCUCCUCUUUGCAAGCCACGAGACGACGUCGAUGGGACUGACCGCGAUACUCAAGUUUCUAACGGACAAUCCAAAAGCCUUGCAAGAAUUGACCGAGGAGCAUCAAAAAAUCAUGGAAAGAAGGGUGGAGUCAGACUCGGAUAUCGCCUGGGAGGAGUACAAGUCUAUGAAAUUCACAUCUCAUGUUAUACAUGAAUCUCUUAGGCUCGCAAACAUCGCUCCGGUGGUGUUCAGACAAGCAAAAAACCAGGACAUACACAUAAAGGGGUAUACUAUACCAGAAGGAUCAAAGAUCAUGAUCUGUCCAUCUGCUGUGCACCUGAAUUCAAAGGUUUACGAGGACCCCUUGGCAUUCAAUCCAUGGAGAUGGAAGGAUACUCCUGAACCAGUUGGUGGCUCUAAGGAUUUUAUGGCCUUUGGGGGUGGUUUGCGGUUAUGUGUUGGUGCUGAGUUUGCCAAGUUGCAAAUGGCUAUGUUCCUCCACUGCUUGGUCACCAAUUACAGAUGGAAAGCCCUCAGCAAAGGGACGAUGAUGCUCUAUCCCGGGCUACGAUUUCCAGAUGGCUUUCACAUCCAGCUUCAUAAGAAAACAUGA